UAUAUUUAAACAAAUCUUGAUAACUGUAAUAUAAUUGAGAAUUAUUCCAAAAUGAAACUAAUCAGUGCUAGUUUUUUGCUUGUUAUAGGGUUUACAUUAAUCCAGGCUCAAGGAGAAAUAAGAGAUGAAAUACUGACCCAUUCCACUCAUUGUGUUGGUGAAACCGGUGCCGACUUGGCAUUAGUGGAACAAGCAAGACGUGGAGUAUUCCAGGACGAUCCCAAUCUUAGAUCAUUUGCGUUCUGUAUGUCCAGAAGAUUGGGAUUCCAGAACGAAGCUGGCGAAAUCCAGCGGGAACUUAUCAGGGAGAGACUAGCCUCGCUGUUGAGCGCGGAUAUUGCUGAUCAGCUGGUGAAAGCUUGUUUGAUUGAAAAAGCCACUCCUGAAGAAACAGCUGCAGCAGCUUAUAGAUGUUAUUACGAAACCGCUCCUACACGCGUUGUUAUUUUCUAAAUUAGAAGAUUUUUACACCUCUUAUUAGGUAAAGGAUUACUGUCUCACAUAUUUUAUGUUAUUCGAAUCAUAGUGAUAUUUGUUUGUAGUACUUUUAUUAUGUUAUUAUUAAGACAAUGUUGAUGUUAAAAAAUAUAUAUUUAUAUUUUAUCAUAGAGGCCUUCUGUUUAAUUUUAGUUUCACAAAAACAUUAUUAAGAUUUAUCAUA